AUGGACCGGCCUCCGGAGAACACGCCAAACGGCACUUCGCCGCGCACAUUUGCCCUCAACCAUCUCCGACCCAAGCACAGAUUCCAGGGCUGUUCGCGCGUCUUGGAUUACGAGUUGCAAGGGAAACUGGGCGAGGGAACGUUCGGUGAGGUCCACCGGGCUCGAUCAAAAACGACGGGUGCCCUCGUCGCCCUCAAGAAGAUCAUCAUGCACCACGAAAAGGACGGAUUCCCCAUCACCGCGCUCCGUGAGAUCAAGCUCCUCAAGUUGCUUUCCCACAAGAAUAUACUGAGAUUGGAGGACAUGGCUGUCGAGCAUCCGUCUCGCUCAACCGACAAGCGAAAAAAGCCAAUCAUGUACAUGGUCACUCCCUACAUGGACCACGAUCUGUCUGGGUUGCUGGACAAUCCCUCGGUUCUUUUCAAAGAAGCCCAGAUCAAGUGCUACUUGAAGCAGCUACUAGAGGGCCUCUGCUACCUCCACGAUAACCACAUCCUCCACCGAGACAUGAAGGCCGCCAAUCUGCUGAUAAAUAACCGUGGUAUUUUGCAGAUUGCCGAUUUCGGCCUCGCCAGACACUACGAUGGCCCUACGCCGCAGGCCGGACGACCAAUGGGCGACGGACGUCGUGAUUACACGGGGUUAGUUGUGACUAGGUGGUAUAGGCCGCCCGAAUUGCUGCUCCAGCUCAGACAGUACACCACCGCUAUUGACGUGUGGGGUGUCGGCUGCGUGUUCGGGGAAAUGUUGGUCGGGAAGCCCAUCCUCGCGGGCGAAAGUGACCCGCACCAGCUCGAGCUGAUAUGGGACCUGAUGGGCUCACCAAACGACGACGUGAUGCCUGGGUGGAAACAACUUUCCGGAGGGGAAAAGUUGACACCUCGACCUCGUCCCGGAAACCUGCAGAGUCGGUUCAGGGAGCAUGGGCCUGGCGCCAUUUCCUUGCUCAAAGAACUCCUUAAACUAGACUGGAGAACACGAAUCAACGCAGUUGAUGCUCUGGAACACGCAUACUUCAAAAUGGCACCGUUGCCGAUGGCUCCCGAAGACAUCCCAACGUACGAAGAGAGCCACGAGCUUGACAGAAGAAAGUUUCACGACCGGAAAGCCAAUCUACCGCCGGCUCCGAAGGGUGGCACAGUGGGCAUUGGCGCCGACGCAAACAACGCCACGGCAGGCUUCAACAGCGGUGAUGGAUAUGGCCGAAGCGGCGUCAACGGAGGGCGAUAUCGAGAUGAACGCCGGCCCGCAUGGCAGCGAGACAGGGGUCCUCAAGGCCGGCCUCCGCCGCAAGACAGGCCGGGCACCAGAGACGACCCGGACUACAGGAGAAAUCGGCCUCUGGGGAGAGGUCCAGGCGGCGGAGGCGCAGGGGCAGAUGUUGAUACUUAUAUACCGGCGUACAGGGCCGACGAGGCUGGCAGGCGGAGGGAUGAGCGUCCGCGAGAUGACCGAAGGCGAUAUACUGGAAAGGAUGAGCGAUGGGACCGAAGGACCAGGAGUCGAAGUCGGUCGCCGGCUCACGAGAGACGGAUGGACCGGGACCGGGACAUGUACAGGCGGUAG